CUGAAGAGAAGGUGUUAUAAUAUGAUUUUAGUCUACAUUAUGUUUGAACGAUAUAUGUGUACAUUGGACCGACCUUGACGCGUUGUGCAGCAGUCCUAAAAUAUGUCCUUCAGUAGACUGUGUGGUUAUGUCAAUUUUAGGGUUGCACAACACUUCAAUGAGCCUACAAAAUUAUGGACCAGAGGAAUGUGUUCGCGUUCAAUGGUACAGAAUGACGUUAACAAACUGAAUAUACAAGCAAUCCCACAUACGAAGAAAGAAUAUUUAGAAAAAUUGCUGCUUCAAUCAGACUCUCCACAUGAUGCGCGGGUCUUAAAAAUUGCUGUUAUAGGUUGUCCGAAUAGCGGAAAAUCAAGCCUAGUUAAUAUGCUUACAAAGUGGAAAGUUUGCGCGGUAUCCGGAAAAGCACAUACAACACGGUCUAAGCAAACAGUAACAUUUUUCAAAGACAAUAUCCAGUUGGCCUUUGUUGAUUUACCUGGACUUGUAAAUAGAUCAAAAGUUUCCAGAUUUAAAUUGGAAAAAACUUUUAUUCGAGAUCCACAUUCGGCCGUUUUUGAUUCUGACUUGAUUCUUGUGGUUGUCGACGCUAGUCACAAAGAAUCCCGUGAAGGACUACAUGAAGAAAUUGUAAAAGCAUUACACUUUUUCAACGAUAAAGAAUCCAUUCUUGUGUUGAAUAAAAUUGAUAGAUUGUAUACAAAUCCAACAAGGCUGUUGGAUGUUACAAGGAAACUAACUGGUGGCGUUGUACAUGGUCGCCGUUCACAUGUGGAUAAGUAUGCUGCCAGAUUUAAGCGUCGAGCAGAAUUAGCAGAUAAAGCACAUCAUCUUAUUCCACCGAACGAAAUUAUUGCAUCUAGAUUACCUCCAAUAUGCCAGGAAACAGCUAACAAAUUCCUUCAGUACAUCAAUAAUUUACGUGCUCAGAUCGAAACAACACAAGUUGAGUUAAUCGAAUCAGACUCCGAACCGCUUCCAGAAGAUGUAAAACAAGAAAUAUCCCAGUCAAAGUCUGGUGAUUUCAUGAAAGACCGUCUAUUAACAGAAGUGGAUAAAGAGAAUAUUGAUGCAUUUUUCAGUGAUUAUCAACCGUACAAAAAUGAGAAUCAACAGUUUCAGAAUGAAAUCCAGACGCUUCCAACUUUGUUCAAAAGUGACAAUAAUGAUGUCCUAGAUGCAGAGAGUGAUACGAUAUGUGUAGAUUCAAUGCUGGAAACAUUAAAACAGCAACUGUUGCUUCAAGUAGCAUCACCUGAAGAGGUAGCAAAUCGUCGAAAACGAUGGUUGGAAAUAACAAGAGAAACCAAAGGUAUUACUCAAUGGUCAGGAUUUAGCGAAGUUUUUAUGGUAUCUUCAUUUAUGGGUGACGGGAUAGAUAAACUGAGGGAUUUCCUUCUAUCCAAAGCGGUGCCUAAUAGAUCAUGGAUUCUACCACCAACUAUGGUCACUGAUCAAGAGCCAACUGAACUUAUACGUACGUGUGUAUGGUCACAUUGUCUCGAUAAAUUACGACAAGAAAUUCCUUAUUCUCUACAUAUCGUUGUAGAUGACUGUGACAAAAUCAAGCAAGAUAGUGGUGAUGAUCGUGUCUAUGUGCAUGUACGUAUACAGUGCCGAAAUGAGCGUCAGCUAGUUCCACUCGAGGCUUCUCUGGUGAUGUCACUUGGUGGUUUCCUGAGAAUAUGGCCAAUCCAAUCCAUCUCCGUUUCUUCUUGCCUAUUUGUUUCAAAAUUGGUUCCUGGUUGGUUCGCUCCCAGAGAUCACUCACUAUUGCUGAUCUUUUCUGGCCGGCCAUCUCAUCUUGAGUAUUGAGCGAAGACAGCUGUUAGUGAAGUUGAGCGUUCUAGGCAUCAAAGGCAAUACAAUUAAGGAAAUUGCAGGUGCUGUCAAACUGGACCUUAUGACAGCGUUUCGAUGUAAUACAGUUGUAAAACUAACCGCUGAAAUGUCAGGAAUCGAUCAUCAUAUCAGAAAAAAACUAAACCAGGCCAAACAGUUUUCUGAAGUUUUUCCAGAAUAUGACAAAUCGAAAUAAAAUACCAAUUCAUUUCCUAAAAAUCUUUUUUCAAAGGAAUCUAUAACCAUUCAAAAACUUUACCUAAAAUAAACAAAUUUUCAACUCCUUCACUUAACCUGUCCAGUUUUAAUAAAACAUUCCAUAAUAUAUACUUAAAGUACCCUCCAAAACAAGUACCAAGACAAUGGUCACAUUCUGCAUCAUGCCGCAAAAUAUAACAAUAAAUAUACCAUCGCAAUAACGAUCCACAAAAUGGAACGAAACAUAACUUCACUAAAACAUACAGGAUAUUUCACAGCAGUGCAUCAGUUGAAUGUAUUGAAUGAGAAGCUGGCUAGGCAUUAUUCUGAGCAUGACAGCCACACUCAUCUUAAGGAAGACUGCUACAAUCUCAAGUCGUCGGAGAAACAACGGUGAAGACGACUGACAAUGUUCACAUAGAUUGAGUAAAAUCUGGUGGAUGACCAGCUGUUAACCCAUCGGAAGUGAUCAAUGCAAGCAGACCAGUUUCGGUAUGUUUCAACGUAGGCUGACUAAAAGACUCUGUAAUGACUGAACACAAGGCCGGUUAAGGAAGUAGAAAAGAUAUCGACACUGAGUAAUAUCCGUCAACUAUAGAGUCUGAUAAAAACGAUAGGCCCUGAAAGGAAUAUGGCGAAUACAACAAUCAUCGGGAAAGAUGGGAGUCUAAUAUUUUGCGAAUGCAUGUUUCCAGCCUUGUGAAAGUCAACUGGAGUUAGAGCUGAAUUGGUCACAGUUGCCUACCAUUCGAAUGGAGGUUGAAUUCGGUAAGGCUGCAUCAUAGGUCAAUGGAAGCAGAGAGCAGGUUAAGACUAUCUAGGGUGCGAG